GUCAGGUCAUAGGUGAUCAGCGUGUUAGUUUCGCGCCAGCACCACAGUGUCUACGCGCGGACUACUUGUAGAGGAGGAUAAUCACAAACCGAAGGAAAAUAAAGAUAAUAUAAUCGGGUUCUUCUGUAACAGGUCUGGCUGUUGCUAGUGUGUAUUGCUAGUAUAGUACCGGUGUUCAUGAUAUCGUUGUCUGUAUGCAUCUGGCCUUCUGCACGAGUGCCGAGUGAACGGAGGUGAGCAAGGAUGAUGGCCACAGUACCCCAGACCAGCUCGAGCCUCCUCCCGCUUCUGGAAUCCUUGGAGGACAGCAAUGUUGGACAGUCGGAGCAGACGGAUGCCUACCUCACCAUCGCCAACCGCAUCAAUGGCGAAGAGGGGCGACAGUUCCUUCCCGCAGUCGUUAAGCACUUUUCGCGUUUGGGCAAAACAUUACAGACUCACAUAGCCAGUCAGAAUGUGGAGCUGAGCCAGGCUGCUUUGCAGGCCCUGGGCUUCUGUGUGUUCCACAGUCAUGUCGUGUCAACCAUCCCAGCAAGCUUUGCAGAGGAGCUCCUGUCAGCACUUUCUUCCCUGGUGGUGAAGUCCACAGAAAAGAACACAUGUACUCGGGCACUGUGGGUCAUCUCCAAACAGAAUUUUCCUCCCGAGGUGGUUGCUAAAAGGGUGCCAGAGGUGCUGGAGACCCUUGAGAGUGUACGGACUCGAGAGGACAUCCAGUCUAUCGUCAUGGAACAUGAGGCGCUAAAUGUUGUAAUUAGGUUACUGGAGCAGGCUCCAGUCCAGAUGGGGGAGGGUGCAGAGCGGUGGGCUAGCCUGGUCAUCCCACUGGUGGUCCACUCGGCCUCCAAGGUGAGGCUCCGUGCAGCAGUCGCCAUGGAGAUGGGCAUGCCUCUGCUACUGGCAAAGCAGCAGGAGGUGGCGGCUAUCAUCGAGCCCAUGAUGUCCACUAAGCUCAUCCCUGAGCUCCAGAAACUCUUCUCCUCCAAGAACGAGACCAACGUGCUGAAACUGUGGCCUCUGUUUGUGAGGCUCCUGGGCAAGCUGCUCCACAGAGGAGGGCCGUUCAUCAACUCCCUGCUCCACUUGGAGGAACUGGGCUUCCGUAGCUCCUCCCCCAACGUCAAGAAGAUUGCCUUCAUCGCCUGGAAGAGCCUCAUAGACAACUUUGCCCUCAAUCCAGACAUCCUCUCCAGUGCAAAGCGCUUAAAGUUGCUGAUGCAGCCUCUGAGCUCCAUCCAGGUCAGGACGGAGGCCCUGCUGCUCACCAAGCUGGAGGUCUGGUGGUACCUGCUGGUCAAGCUGGGGCCCAACAUGGCUGCCAACUUUGAACAGGUGGGUGUGCCCCUCCUACAGUGUACCCUCGGCCUUGACACUCCCUCCCCAGCCACUCCAGCCCGUAACUCCAGUCACAGUGGAGUUGUGGGAACAUCUACCCCGAAAGCAGGCACCCCAGGCUUUGGCACCCCAGGCUUUGGCAGCCCUGCAGUCACACCUCGUAUGAAUCUGAAUAGCAGUAUCCACCCUGUGCAGGCCUAUCCCUCCAUCCAGCUCCUGGGCCUGGAGAUGCUGCUCCACUGCUUCCUGGGGCCAGAGGUCACCUCCACCGCUGCCAGGAACAAGCUUGUGCUCGGCUUGGAACCUUUGAGCCACACCCUCCUUUCCAGCCCGUCGUCUUUCACCAAACAUGCCUUGCUGCUCACCUCAUUGGUACGAGACGGAUUCAUCACCAUCGGCAAAAACGCUCCAGAUGCCCUACUCACCCUCCUCUGGAAGCACCUCGUCAGUUACGUCAGCUCAACCAUAGAUGCUGCUGGCCACAAGAAAGAUCGUCAUGGCUGCGAGGUGCUCACGCUGGUUCUCCAGGCUCUCCAGAGCGUCGUCACCUCAGAAGCCCUGCCGGCCCAGCGUGUGUUGGGUCUUCUGGAAACUACGGUGAGGGGCAUUCCUCAGAGAGUCCUUGGGUCUGCCUCCUACCAAGUUGGCAAGAUGGAUGUGCUGAAUGGAACCCCGGCUCUGUUCCUGAUCCAGCUGCUCUUCAACAACAGCCUGGUCCCAGCCUUCGUGGAGGAGGAGAGGUUCUUCCUGUGCCUGGAGACCUUGGUGGGCUGUGGCCUGUCUGGCCCCACGUCCCCUCUGGCGUUUGGGGAGGCGGUCCUGGGCGCCAUGGGGCGCGCUGCAUGUGUUCUGGACCACAAGGAGCAGCUGUGGAGGAUGUGGAGUGUGGUGGUGAACCCCUUAACCGACACCAUCACACAGACUAACGAGGUGAACCAAGGAGAUGCGCUGGAGCACAACUUCAGUGCUGUGCACACCGCUCUGAUGUUCCCCAUUACCUACCUACUCCCUGGCAAGCCUCUGCCUCAGAUGUCCCAGAAGUCUCUGCUUUCCACCUGGUCUCGGCUGUACACGGUUUUCGCUCGCUGCUCUGCCCUAGUGGCCACUGCUGAGGAGAAUGUCUGCUGUGACGAGCUCUGUAACAAGAUGGCUGCCGUCCUUGACUUAAAGGCAUUGAUGACUCCUCCUACAAUGGAUGCAGUUGUACACAUCCUCCUAGUCAUCAUUGAGAGUGUGGACUUUUCUCCCUACACACCACAGUUCCAGCAGAAAACGAAAUCUCCCCACACCCCCCAGCCCUGGCUGAGGAAGAAGAGAGCCCUGGGGAACCUGUUCUCCUUCCAGACUCUUCUGGUCCGGGCCCUGGAGACCUUCACUGCCCUGGAGGGCCCUGAGGCGGCCAGUGAGGGAGCAGGGUUCACCCUGGUCUCCAUCUUGUCUUGUCUCUUUACUAACUUGGCUCUGGCCACAGCCAUCCAUGAAGCCCUUGUGUCUCUCACCCAGCCCCUCACACAGUUCUACCAACAGGCUUAUGGGUCCCAAAAUGAGGAGCCAAAAUUCUCAUCAAACUUAUCUGCAAAGUUGGACAAGCUCCUGGGCGACGUGCUGGGCUGCUUACAGACGCGCUCAGCCCUGGCCUACGACAACGACCUGCUGGGUCUGCUGGCUCCACUGCUGUGCGUGCUGUUCUCUCACAGGAGCAAGCACGUCCGCUCUCUCGUCACCCAGUUCUGGAACGCUACUUUCGCUAACACGCUCGUCCUCACCUACCCUGACCAGCUCAAACCAGUCCUGAGCCAGGUCAAGCAUAAUACCCCCAUUAUUCUACCUGGCUUUCAGUCAGUUGAUGUACCAGAUGAGCUCAAUGGACAGGAGUCGAGUGAGAGCUCUCAGUUGGAGACCAAACUAAGUGGAGUUCAGGUGUCAUCAGUAGGGAAGAGGGACUCUCUUUUGGCCAGGGCAGGGGAGCUGAAGGAGCCCACCCCCAAGACCUCCAAGCCUGUCUCUACAAAGCUGGAGUUUGGGUCUCCCAAGCCUCCACGUAGAGAAGUUCUGGAGGAGGAGGCCUCCAUAGACUUUGUCUUCAUCCCCCCUGAGACCAAGCAGAGAGUCCUGACAGAGCACCAGAAGGAGGUCAAGAGGAUGAAAAGGGUUGACAUUCCUGCAAUGUACAAUAACCUGGAUGCCUCCCUUGAUACCACAGCCUUCAGCCAGUACACUCAGAGCCAGGAAGAGUCCAUGGACAAACUACAAACAGAUGAGCAAGCUCAAGAUCCUGCCAAGGAUAGUGGCAACACAGAGGUUCAAGAGGAGAACAUGGAAACAGAGGAGGUCCCUGAGCUUCUGACGAAGGACACCCAGGAAUACAGCAGUCUGACUGCCAACGACCAUGUGUCCGCAAGCCCAGAGCAGGACCAGGGUCCAGCCGAGAUGCUACCAGAGUCUCCAGAUGUUUCCAUGGAGGAGGCCCACGGACAUGUACCAGUGGAAGACCCUGUUACAGAGCCCACAGCCUCCACCAGCCCCAACGUCUCCACCUCCCCCGACGUAGUCUCGGGCACCCCUCAACAGUCCAACAAUAGCCGCCGGCAAUCCUUCAUCACCCUGGAGAAGUACGCCGAGGGGAAACCCGCCAGUCCCAUCAGUGUGACGAAGUUCACAGGCCCCCUCGCCAGGACCUCCAACAGCCAGGACCCCUCUUCCUGUUCCCCCCUCUCUCAGGCCUCCCUGGCAGACACGGGCUCUGACUCACAAACCCCCCAAGCCAGACAAGAGAGGCUGAAACACUCCGGGGACAUUCUCCCAGAUCAGCAGUCUUCACAGCAGGAGAAAGAGUACAGAACGAGUCCAAACGAAAAUGAGCCCGAGGUGAAGAUCCCGGAGAAGCGGCCCAGUGAAGCCACGGAGGAUGAGGAAGAUGUCAUUCCCGAUACCCAGGCUGAAGAGGAGAGGAAGGAACCUGUGGUGGAGGACGUAGAGGCCGACAGCCAGGAGGAGGCUCUUGUGGAAGAUCCGGCGUGCUCGCAGUCACAGGGUGAGCCCAGAAGAUCUGGCCGACUCAGGAGCAGGCCACUGCUGCCAGGGGAGGACCCAGACAAUGUGGAGGAAAAAGAGAGACAAUCGACAAGGGGGAAAGGGCCGAGUCAAACUGAUUCACAAAGUACACCACCCCUUGCGGCUGACAGCCAAUCUCAGGGGAGGUCUAGUAGGAGCAGCAAGCUGGCUGUUGAAGUGGUGGAAGCCGGAAAACCACAGAAGAAAGCAGCGCUCAAGGACGGGAGCCAGUCCAGCCAAUCAAAUUCACUGAUGGUUACUCCCUCUCCUACCACGGAAACCAAUAGCCAAUCACUUAAAUCGAGUAAGAGAGUCAAAUUGUUGGGUGAUUCAGAGCUGGUUAAAGACAAACGCACUAAGAGAGGUUCUACAAAGGAAGAACUUAGUCAGAGCACCUCUGAAAAUGACAGCCAGUCUCAGGGCAGGCGCAGUCUAAGGAGUAACGUAGCUAAGGAAGUAGGCCGAGUCACACGGAGUGGCAAGUCUCCCAAGGAGCAAGGGUCCAGCCAGAGACGCGUUGCCACGCCGUCCCAGUCAGAAAGCCAGUCUCAGGGUAGAACUAGCCGGAGAAGCAAGAUAGUCAGCGACUCUGAGGAAUUUGACCUCAUAAGCCAGAGUAAAAAAGAGGAAGCUGCACUCAGUCAAGGUGAUUCCCAAGUGGUCACGCCAUCUUCUGCCUCUCAGAAUGAGAGUCAGUCACAAGGUCGAGCCAGUAGAAGCAACAAAGUGGUGAGUGAAUCACGAGAGCGGGUCAAAGAUGAACCCAAGACGACCAGGAAAAGUGGCACGGAUGAUGAGCUAAGCCAAGGUGACCCUCAAAUGACCCCGUCUUCGGACAAUCAACCAGAUAGCCAAUCACAGAGUACACCAAGUAGGACAAGCAAAGUGGUCGACCAAUUGGAAGAGCUGGUCAAAGACGAGUCUGGUAGAAUUGAAAGUACAGAUGACAAGUCCAGUCCGAAUGAUUUUCAAACGAGCACACCUUCCUCAGUCUCUCAGCCCGAUAGCCAGUCACUGGGUAUCGGCAGAGAGAGGAGCGACGUAUCUGAUGACACAGCUGAACCUGACAAGAGCCAGGAUUUGGUCGGUGACACACCAGAAAAACCAUGCCCUCAGACUGACUCUCAGCUAACUCCCUCCAGUCGAACUGAUGGGCAGACAAUGGGCUGUAGGCCCCGGAGGCUCAAGCUGGCAGAGCAGCAGGUGAAUGCUAGGUCAGCGCUUACUGUGGAGGCCCAGAGCUCUCAGGUCAUCGAAGAAGCAGGAACCCCAGAGUCCUCCCUAGGUAGGGGCCGGUCCACCAGACGGACAGCAUCCCAGGCCCUGUUGUCCAACGUGGAGACCUCCGAGUCGGAUGGAUCUGAGGCCAGAGAGUUAGUUCAGAAGGCCAAGAAGAGAAGCAAGAGGUGCAAUUCUCCAAGUCCACUUAACGUAGAAUCAGACAGGCCUACGCCAGAUAACGAGAUUCAGAUGGAUAGCUCUGAAUCUUCUCAAAAGGCUGAACCAGCGAUCAUACCUAUACCUUUAGCAUCUUUGGCAGUGUUGGUGUCUAAAGACCUUCCUGGAUCUCAAGAUGCAGUGGAAGUAAGUGUCCCUCUGGUCUCUGAGAACACCGUAGAGGACUGCCUGGCCGACAACCAGAUCCACACGGAGGGAGAGUCCUCUGAGUCUGUUGACCCCGUUGUUGUCCAGGAGAAGACGGAGAGUGAGAACGCCCAACCCUUCUCACAGACGAGACCUGCCGUGGAAGCAGACCUGACUGUGAAAGAUUUGCAUGCCCGCAUGUCCCCUCAGAAGUGCUCAAAGGGCCAGUCAAUCCCGGACACUACGGUAUCUCAGGUGGAUCACCCCGGGAGGUCGGACACUCCCGUGCCUUCCAGCGUCCUCCUCGACGACGUCUUUAUGGAUCCCAACGCGGUCUGCGCUCCUCCGCUGCCCAAUGGAAUCUCGUCGGACUCCUCCCCCUCCAGCGACCCAGGGGAGAAACCGAGCCUUAGUCUCCAGGUGUCUCAGUCUUCAGAGGAGAAGCUUGGAGACAUGCCCCAGCCUGUGGAGGUCGUGGCUGAGGAACAGGUGGGCGACCUGGAUGAAGAUCAGCGUGCGUCUACCGAGGUUUCAGAGGAGGACCGCCAGUGUACUGGCAUCGAUACGUCAACGGAGGAGGUCCCGGCAACGUGUUUGAAUGUCUUAGGAAAAGAGCAAGAUCAGUACACGUCUAUUAAGGAGAGCCUUCCAGAGACUGAUGGUCGCUCCAUCAGGACCGGAGUAGAGGUGGGGGGAAAGGCUCAGGCAGACCGAGAUGCACCUCCUCCCCAGGAGAAAGAUCCCGCCUCGGGGCUGGGGUGUGAAGACGAAGCUGGAGAAGAAACCCAGAUAGACAACCACGACCUCGACCUGCCUGCGGGGGCUGUGGCGGACUCUGUUGCCCCUCUGGCUGAUGUCCUUGCAGCCCCACACCCGGAACAGACCACAGACGUGCACCAGGACUCCCCAGCCAAGCAGAGGGGCCUGGCGGGCCUAGGGAGGCCGGAGGUAGGCGACAGUCCCAGCAGCAAGACGAGGGGGGUCUGGUCUCCCACUGCUUCCCCUUCCACCAGCAUCUUGAAGAAGGGCCAGAAGAGAGCCUUGGUGGAGGUGGAGACCCCCUCCCCAAUAAUCAAGUCUAGAAGAGUGUCUUUUGCUAACCCGAUCCAGCACCAGGAGCUGGCAGAUGACAUAGACCGCCGGAGCCCCGUCAUCCGAACCAGCUCUCCCAGAUCCAAGUCCCCCAGCAGUAUUCCACAGCCUAAGUACAUCACGACUCCUACAAAGGGCCUACUGAACUUCAGCCCUCGCAACCUUCGAAGCCCUGGAUACAAGAGCUCCAAGAAAUGCCUGAUUUCCGAGAUGGGCCAGGAGCCACUGGCCAUCCCCAAGGACUGUGUUUACCCUGCCCUUGUCGGCUGCUCGACCCCUGUGGAGGCUGUGCUGCCCCAGAUCACCUCCAACAUGUGGCCCCGUGGUUUUGGACAGCUUGUCCGAGCCCGAAAUAUCAAAACAGUUGGAGACCUCAGUUCUCUCACACCCAAUGAGAUUAAGAAACUUCCUAUCCGUUCUCCCAAAAUCAUGAACGUUAAGAUGGCACUUAGGACCUACCAUGAACAGCAGCGUAAAGGUCGUGGUGAUGAGCUGAAGAGCUUCGAUGAGAUGGAGAAGAUGGCCUCGGAGCUGGAGGACAUGAAUGCCCCUCCCAACCAGGAAGAUGACGACAAGUCUACAGGAGAGGCUCUCGCCACAGAGUUAUUGGAGGAGCCCCUGGCGGUGGAGCAGGGAAACCCCCGGCUAAGCAAGAGGCCCCAGGACGGGGCCCCAGAGGGCCCGCUGAGGGAGGUGAGGACCCAGGGUCUUCUGUCUGAGGUGGAGGGGCUGGGCGCUCAGAUGACCGCAGAGUCGCUGGGCCGGUGUUCUGCAGAGCAGCUGCUUCAUGUGCAUGACCAGCUGGGCAGCAUGAUGAGGAGGGUGGUGGUCCAGCUGCAGACCAGGCUGACUCAGAGGGAAGGGCAGCUCUGAGGGAACCUCCUAGCUGGAGAGAGCUGAACACCUUACAUGCAGCCUUUAACCUGAUCCUGGAUGUCCACCCCUUGUUUUCCUGGAAAGGAUUAGGCAGGUUUUCUGGACUGGGCCGGUGGAUAUAGACUGGGCUGAUCCAGAACCCCAAAUAUGGAUUUUUAUGAAAUGUACUUCCUGAUUAUUUCCUCAUCUCCUCUGGUGGUUGAGGAAUUUUUAACACUUGCCCUUUUUUCCUUCCUGAAGCAACAGUAGGCGACUCUGUAGACGGUCUCUUAGCUGAGUGCUGAGCCAGAAACUUUUUACCAAGUGCUUGUAAAGGGAUGGCAAUUUUCUUAUUUGAAUAACAGAGAUAAGAAUGUAUCAAGUUCUUUGAUACUAGAAUUUAAGGUAUUGCCAAGUUAUGAUUGUGUGUGUGUGUGUGUGUGUGUGUGUGUGUGUGUGUGUGUGUGUGUGUGUGUGUGUGUGUGUGUGCGCGUUGGGGUGUGUGUGUGUACAUAUGUUUCCUAUAUACCUCUGUUGCGGUUAGUAUUCCACUAUUACCAGUAUAAUGCCUACGUAAGACACGUCAUGCAUAUUCACUCUACCACAGGAACCUUAGUAGGAAAGUUUGUAUAUUUUAUAUUUGAUCCAAGUGUCUUUACUGUUAUAUUUGUCUGUCAUUCACAAGUAAGAUGGUAGUACAAAGUUUUAUUAAGGAAUUCCUGAAUGUGUCAAUAAACAAUAACAUUUUA